AUGAAGGGGUGCACCUGGGUAUUUGUGGCAACUUUACUUUGUCAGCAGUUUUGCCUCUUCAGAGUUAUGGCAGCGAAGAGAGAGAGAAAGAUGAAGAAAGAACCUAAUCAGUAUACAGAGCCUUUCAAUGCUACCCUCUCAAACAGCGAAGAGCUGCACGGGCAUCCCAAGAUCCUAGAAUCUCCAGAUCCUCGAAUCACAGAUCCACGGCGGACUUGGAUCUCCUUUGUUCACCGCCCAGAUGAUGGCAACACCUCUAAAAGGAGAUGCAAAGGGAAAGACAAGAAAUUACGUGGCCUUGUUGGGCCCCCAGGACCUCCUGGCCCCCAGGGACCUCCAGGAGCACCUGGUGCUGAAGUCACCCGGGAAGUCCUUCUGCAGGAGUUUAAGGAGAUAUUAAAAGAAGCCAUUGAACGUCGAGCAUCGCUGGCUAUAUCGGCCCAUCCUAGCCAGCUGCCUCCACUCCUGCUCUCCUUGGAGGAAGUUUCACCCCACAGACGUGUAGAAGAGGCAUUCCAUUGCAAGCUAAAAGGACAAGUCAUUGUAGAUAAGAAGACCCUGGUAGAACUUCAGAACUUCCAGUCGCCUCUGGCCAAAGGAGCGUUUCUCCGGGGGACAGGAUUAAAUCUAGCAACAGGACGUUUCACAGCACCUGUGUCUGGCAUCUACCAGUUUUCAGCCAAUGUCCACGUUGACCACAGUGAGUUGAAGAGUAAAGUCCAACUCCGAGCCAGAGAUAAUGUCCGGGUGUUGAUCUGCAUUGAAUCUCUGUGCCACCGAUACACGUCUUUAGAAGUCAUUGCUGGUCUGGAAAGUAACAGCAAAAUCUUCACUAUCUACGUACACGGCUUACUGCAGCUGCAGGCUGGCCAGUACACCUCCAUAUUUGUGGACAACAGUGCUGGAGCUCCCAUCACCAUUCAGAAUGGAUCCGAUUUCAUGGGCAUGUUAAUGGGCGCGUAACAUCAUCUGCAGCAGUGUAGCAGGGAAGGAUACGAGUUAGAGCCUUGCAGUGUAUAUUUGACUGAAGAAACCUUUACUUUGACGCUCGAAGACUGCUUCCUGUCACCGUUGGCAUCUUUUUAAACAAGCAAAGAGCCUUUCCUUUCACAGAUACUUCAGCUUGCUUUCAGAGGCUACUGCUUUUCAAGGUCCACACGAGUUCGUUCGC